AUGUCUUCACUCUUUCGACUAGGACAGACCCUCCGAGGAAGAUUGGGAAGAUACACUAUCACUAAGCAAAUCCAAGAUACUGUCUGGUUCGCUAAAAACCAGGCCGAGGAUCGAGUAACUAUCAAAGGAGUACACGGACACCCUCGUGUGGAGAACGAGCGAGAUGUUCUUAAGCGGUUUCAAGAUCGAAUACCAUCUUUGCGACCAUUAAUUGAUGAGAUUGAAGAGCCGUCUCAACCUCCAACCAUUGUUUUGAAGCAUCUCGAUGAUCAUCUGUUAAAUGCGUCGAUCAAUAAGCCCCUGAAUCGAAAAGAAUUGAAAUACAUUUCGAAACGUAUCCUGCAAGCAUUACUGGUGCUUCAUGGGGGUGGUUAUGUCCAUACAGAUGUUAAACCGGAUAAUGUCUUUGUGAAUUACAACACAGAUGGUGAUAUACGGUUCUCUGAUGUCCAGCUAGGCGAUCUUGGUGGUGCAUGUCCUGCAGACUCGAUAUAUGCCAAAGAAGGCACGCCAAUUGGAGCAGCAAUGUGGUCGAGCCCCGAGGUGAUUAUGGAAACUCCCUGGAAUACUGCAACCGACACCUGGUCGUUUGGGGCCCUGCUUAUCAGUCUCAUCUAUGGUGGGAAUUUUAACCUCUUUCGUCCCAAGACGGUGCCAUAUGGCCACGAAGAGUAUGGGUUAGAGGUUCUAAAACAACAAUUCCGUUACUUCGGGCCAUUCCCGGAAAAGUACGAGGAGAUCGCAACCCCGGAGACAAUCACUGCUAUCCUCUAUCUCAUGCAUGAGAUCCCGCAGUCGCGAAUGACACCGUUUCAGCGAACGACUGAGAGAGAGGUCUGUAAUAGAGAUAAGGUGUUUGUUGGGAAAAUAAUGAAGAUGGAUUGGAGAGAUAGGCCUUCGGCGAGGGAGUUGUUGGAAGAUGAAUGGUUUGAAGAUGAUAAGUAAAAUUAAUUCGUGUAGUAGGUGCUACAGCUGGACGUUUUGAGUUGUAGCAGAAAUUGUAUUAUUCGUGGAAUAAUCGGACUCGGAUACGCCCUUCCCGACUAGGAAAUGAAAAGGGACUGUCCCAAAUUGUCGUUCAGGAAAAGGAAAGGACAGAGGUCCGUCGUAGGAGCUAUGACGAUC